AAAUAUAGCAAACAAGUGGCUAUAUAAAGCCUUCCGGCCACUUCCGGUAACCCUACUGAAAAUGGUGAUAGGUUUCUGAGAUAAUUUAAACACUUUUUUUAUCGUCUUUUUCUUUCUCCUUUUCCUCUACAAUAUUUUUCAAGCAACGAAGCCCUUAAUAUCUCUCUCUUAAGCCUCUCUUCUCCCAGCUCCUCCAUACCUCUGUUGCUCAGUUAUUCAGCUUGUGAAUAUAUCCCAAUCAUCAACCCAUUCCCUCCCUAGCUCUUCACAUACACUUAACACACUUUAGAUCUGUUCUCUUUCCUGAUACCUUGGGGGGCGAUUUUCAAGAGUGUUAUAAUCAAUGGAUGUGGACAUGAUGAAAUCAUCAUCAGGAGAGGAAAAUAUGGACAUGAUGACAGUGAUGAUGCAGAUGGAAAAGCUUCCUGAUUUUUGCAGUGAGCCUUUCCACAACACUACUAACACUUCAACAAUACUACAAGAAAUCCAAUUCUCCAACGGAAAUCCUACAAGUAUUGUAGCUUCACCACCUAUCUAUCAUAAUAACCCACAUGCAUCUUCACCACCAUUCAUAAAUCCACCUCCUUGCUCCAUGCCAUUUAUGGGCACUCCAAUCCAAGAACCAAUGACACCACCUCUUCAGCACAAUAUGAUGGCCAACAAAUUCAAAUAUAGUACUCCAUUCUCCAAUGCAAACUCCUUCUUGUCUUCAAUAGAGAAGAAAAACCCCACUGCAGAAAUUAGAGAUAUGACCUUUCGUAUAGCAGCAAUGCAACCAAUACAUAUAGACCCGGAAUCGGUAAAGCCUCCCAAAAGAAGGAAUGUCAAGAUAUCUAAGGAUCCACAAAGUGUAGCUGCGAGGCAUAGAAGGGAAAGAAUAAGUGAGAGGAUGAGGAUUCUCCAGAGAUUAGUUCCAGGAGGCACCAAAAUGGACACGGCUUCUAUGUUAGAUGAGGCUAUACAUUAUGUCAAGUUCUUGAAGAAGCAAGUGCAAUCUUUAGAACAAGCUGGUGCUAAUACCCCCAACGGGUGGUUUUGGCUUUACAGGGGUGACAAUGCCUAAUGUGGGUUAUUCUUCUUUGGUAAAGAAUUGCCAGCGGCCCGCUGCUAAUAUGGUGGGCACAAUGCAGAUGCUAAGAUGAGAGAUAUGAUUAAUCAUUAGCACUGUUUUUGGGUCUUUGUAACUAAUCAUGAUUUUGAUGUUAUCUUG